AUGGCCACUCCAAGUCCCAAGUUUCGAGUCGCUGUGUGUGGCGGAGGUAUUGGCGGCAUUGUUGCUGCGUAUGCUCUAGGACGUCACCCAGACAUCGACGUCGAUAUAUACGAAGCCGCUUCCCAGUUUGGUGCCAUCGGCGCCGGCAUUGCAGUCAUUCAGAGGUCAUGGACCGUCCUCAAGAUGCUCGGACUGGAGCCGGCGUUGCUGCCCCUCAUCAAGACGCCACCGUUAGACGAUAUAGUUCCACAUAUCUACGCCUAUAAGUCAGAUCAGCCAGAGCUUGGGGAAAAUUUUGUGACCAUCACAUCGAGAGGUGCAUUGCUUCCCUUCACUCUUAAGACCGAGUUUCAUCAAGCUCUCAUUGGCUGUCUGUCACAACGUGUUCGGACUCAUACCUCGAAACGUCUCGUAUCCUACGAAGAAACCGACUCCUCUGAGCCUAUCAAACUAUACUUCAAGGAUGGCUCUACUGCGACUUGUGACAUCCUCAUCGGCGCCGAUGGGAUCAAGUCCAUUGUUCGAGUCUCGAUGUAUGAGAAACUAUCGAAGGAGGCUGCACAGCAAGGAGAUCAUGCGAGGGCGGACGAGCUUCUGGACGUUAUGAACGCGAAAUACAGCGGCGCCACUGUUUAUAGAACUCUUAUCCCUGGAGAGAGACUGAAGGCAGUUUCGCCGGACCAUCGCUCCUUCGCGAGCCCCAUUCAUUACUUGGGUAAAAAUCACUUUACCGUGACCUACCCAGUCGCAAGAGGACAAUUCAUUAACGCGGCUAUCUUCGAGACAGACUACUCGAAGGAGGGGCAGCUUUACACAGAUCCCUGGGUCUCCGCAGAUAUCGACAGUAAAUCACUUAUUACUGUUUUCGAGAACUGGGAAUCUUCUACUCGAGAGCUUGUUGAAUGCAUAGACGGCUUGACGGUCAGCAAAUGGGCAGUCAAUGUCGUCCCCAGCCUGCCCACGUUCGUUUCAUCGCGUGUGGCAUUACUCGGAGACGCGGCCCACGCAAUGACACCCUUUCAAGGUGCAGGUGCCGGACAGGCUAUAGAGGACGCCUACAUCUUGUCGACACUCCUCGCCCACCCUUUCAUCACACGCGCUAAUAUUCCUAUAGCUCUCGAAAUCUACUCUCGGAUUCGUCUUCCCUUUGCGUACAUGGUCUUUGAACGUUCUCGUCGGAUGGGCGGGUAUUUCUCAUUUUAUGACCCAGAGAACCCGGAUAUGGAGUCGAGAGCAUGGAAUCUAGAGGAGCUUGGGAAGGACAUGCAGAAAUGCGCGGAUUGGCAGCUUGAGUCGGCGCUCCCGAAAGCUGAGAAGGAUAGGGCAGUCAAUAUGUUGGAGAGUGAGUUGAGUUGA